UUCUUCUCAGUGCAUUGGCUGAGACAGUGCGCACGAGACACACACACAUGCACGCACACACAUACACACACACACACUCACACAUACUGUGGUGUUUUCAGAGUGGCUCUAGCAGAGAGGUGGGGUAGAACAGCAGGAAGCUGUGCGGAUGGGUGAAGUGCAUGUAUGCCUGCCUAGACGGGCCAGAAAAGCCAAACUUAAGAAAUCCGCCUAUGUACAGAACAAGUCAACUAAGGGGUUCUCAUUAAUCUACCGUCUCUGAAUAUCGUUAUUUUUCAGGAGAAGCGCUACAAAGCAGCCACUGUGCUUACUGAACGGCCUCCCCCUGUAUCGCUUAAUUGAGAAGGUAUACAAAUGCUCUCAGUCCAGCCAGACACCAAGCCGAAAGGUUGUGCUGGCUGCAACCGAAAGAUCAAGGACCGGUAUCUUCUAAAGGCACUGGACAAAUACUGGCAUGAAGACUGCCUGAAGUGUGCCUGCUGUGACUGUCGCUUGGGAGAGGUGGGCUCCACCCUGUACACUAAAGCUAAUCUUAUCCUUUGUCGCAGAGACUAUCUGAGGCUCUUCGGUGUAACGGGAAACUGUGCUGCCUGUAGUAAGCUCAUCCCUGCCUUUGAGAUGGUGAUGCGUGCCAAGGACAAUGUUUACCACCUGGACUGCUUUGCAUGUCAGCUUUGUAAUCAGAGAUUUUGUGUUGGAGACAAAUUUUUCCUAAAGAAUAACAUGAUCCUUUGCCAGACGGACUACGAGGAAGGUUUAAUGAAAGAAGGUUAUGCACCCCAGGUUCGCUGAUCUAUCAACAUCACCCCAUUAAGAAUACAAAGCACUACAUUCUUUUAUCUUUUUUGCUCCACAUGUAUAUAAGAAUCGACACAGGAACCUACUGAAUAGCGUAGAUAUAGGAAGGCAGGAUGGUUAUAUGGAAUAAAAGGCGCACUGCAUCUGUAUGUAGUGAAAUUGCCCCAGUUCAGAGUUGAAUGUUUAUUAUUAAAGAAAAAAGUAAUGUACAUAUUGCUGGAUUUUUUUGCUUGCUAUUCGUUUUUGUGUCACUUGGCAUGAGAUGUUUAUUUUGGACUAUUGUAUAUAAUGUAUUGUAAUAUUUGAAGCACAAAUGUAAUACAGUUUUAUUGUGUUACCAUUUGUGUUCCGUUUGCUUCUUUGUAUUGUUGCAUUUAGUACAAUCAGUGUUUAAACUUACUGUAUAUUUAUGCUUUCUGUAUUUACCGGCUAUUUUAAAUGAGCUGUAACUUUCUAGUAAAGAAUUGAAAAGCAAAUCUCACUAAUGAUACACAGAUAGAUAAAGCAAGUCUAUCAACAUGAAAAAUACUAAAAAAUAAAGACACACACAGAGCAUUUUAGUGACAUCAGCUACUUAUUGCCGCUAUAAGUUAGAGUCUAUCAGUGUUCUUGUUAUAACCCCCUAUUUUCAGGGGGUUAAAACUAAGCUUUAAAAAAAAAACAUAAAAAUUUCAUCUUAAAGCACUUUCAUUUUAUACCAACGUGAAAAGUGCCAUUUUUAGAAUAACUUUAAAGCUUAACAGGUUUCCUUUUAAUAUCCUUUUUUGGUGUGCUCUUUACCUACACAAUGGCUUUGCUUUGCUUUUUCAGCCACACCCCUUAUGUGAACUAGUGCCUUUGGGUAUCAUGUAAAAUUUUUUCCAAAGGGUUACUUUAAAAAUCUGUUACCACAAUUAUGAGAUAAUCUUUAAGCGAUAAAUUAAGCUUGUUGUAUAAAGUCUGCCCAGAUCUCUCCACAAGAGCUGAGGGUUUAAUAACUUUAUGGCUUAAUAAAUGUAUGACACUGAAAAGAUUUGAGUGUGAAUCUACUGAAAUCACUAUAAUGCACAUUGAAGCUGUGAUGGUAUUUGAGUAGUGAGGUUACUUUUGAUCAGAGCAACAUAAUGCUCAUAGAAUCUUCUAGAAGAAGAGAAACAAAGGGAUUGAUAAAAAGCUGAGAGCUAGUGAUUAUAUAUUUUUUUGUAUUUACCUGACAUUUAUUUUAAUGUUCAAAAAGUAAACGCAUUAAGUUUGAUGUGUUUUACUCUCUCACUGUUUUAAGUAAUCACCAACUCAGAAUACAUCACUCUUAGGCUGAAAUUUGUCUCUCCAUUUUUUAAGGUGAAAUAGUACUACCUUACAUGAUAGCAUACAAAGAAGAAAGCUCUAGAAACAGAAAUUAUGGAGAAUGAUUAUUUAAAUUACAAUUAAGGAAAUGAGAAUAUGAUCCCCUCUUCUGGGUUGCCCACAACCUUGCUUCUUUGCUUUUGCUCCUUGUAAUAGAACUACUUUUCAACAAAUCUAAUUCUACACGGCACUAUUAACCAUAUUUUCACUACAGCAAACUUAGUGCUAUGGGUUUUCUUUUUCUUUGUUUUUUCUUGAUCACUUGUAUAGGAAACAAUAUUUUCCAGUGUUAUUUGCAUAUAUAUUUUGUCCUUACAAUAUAUGCAUUACAGAUGAGAAUUAAAUGUUAUACCUGGAUUCUUGGGUUGGGGCCAAAAUAUUAAGCUGAAAAUAAUGCUGGUGUGGAUUUGUUUUAAAACAAAGCUUUAUUAUGAACAUGCAUGUGAAUCUGGAUAUUGCCUCUUAUUUUUAAGAAAAUGGUUCUGUGAAAAGUGAAUGAAAUGUAUUUUUACAAAUGCUUCAUGGUUAGGAAUCUUCAAGUCCCAUGUUCCCCAGAUUUGAGAUAUGCUAAAGAAAGAAAUUCAAAAAUAGCUAUUUGGGGCCCACAAAAAUAACUAUUAUUUUAGCCUUAGAGCCUUACACUUGUUUCAUGAAGAGAAAGGACUUGCAUAACCAAAAUAAACAAAACAAGACACAUUAAAAAUGUGUGGGGGAGAGAGAAGUGAAAAGUGGUUUUCUUAAUGCAGCCCUGCUGGUCCCCAUUAACAAUUGCUUGAAAUUCAUGUGGAUGUAAAAUUAUAAUUGUCAGUAUCUUAUUCAGAUGAUCUUUUAAGAUUUAGCUGGUUUUGCUUUUGUUUAUCUAUAUGUCAAAAUACUUGUCAAUUGGGAACAAACUUCUCUCAGCUUCUUGAAGCUGUUCAACUAUCCUUGCCAUUGGAAGACCAAACAAGGUUUUCACUUUUUCUUUCACAUAAUAUGCUGAGAAAUAUUUCUUAUGCUUUUUACUACAAACAAAAUUACUCACCUGGAUUAAAGAUUAAGGCCUUAAUCUGUUUAGAUUAUCUUUAAUCUCCAUGAAAUUGUGAAACAAGACAGGAAUAAUGUGUCAGCUGUAGGCCGUUUUACAGCUAAUUGCCCAUAAAUUGUAGCAUUUAUUGACCUGAAGUACUAAGCUAAUUGUCUUGACUACUCAAAGCCCCUGAAUUGUUGUCAACUUUCCCCUUUGUGUUGUGUAGCCCUAACGUCAUUUAGCUUGUUGUCCGAUGCCUCCAGUAGGACACCUUCGAUGGAGCUUUGAUUUCUGAGCAGCGAAAGCUCCCUUCCUAAGACGCAUCUCGCAUAGGCUGCCUAUGAUGAAGGACCGUGCACCUCCACUCCAACAGAGUGCUGAGUUUAAAGCUGACCUGUGUUUGUAAUUUCACUUUCAUCUUGCUUAAUAAAUAUCUGCUGGAUUCUUCCAUUCACUUUUUUACAUUUGGAUUUAUGUUUUUAAUAAAAGGGGUGUUAUACUA